AUGGAGCGCUACCAAAGUUUUGCACAUGACGUGGAACACUUCUUGGUUGAAAGUUUGCAGGGAUACACGCUUCGUGACGAUACAGAGAAGGCGAAAAAUGAGCUUCUCCAGAAAGCGAUGGAAUUAAAGACGUGUACUGAUUGCCCAGUAGAUACUACAGCUCCAGCGAGUCUGCCAGCACAGUUUACACGUCAAACGAGCACUGGGCGAAAUGCUCUCUCGGUGUUAAACGAGGUAAGACCAGGCUUGCAGUUUAUAGAAGUGAGCAGAAGUGGUCCUCCUCAUGCACCUGUGUUUGUGAUGGGAGUUAAAGUAGAUGGUCAAUACUUUGAAGGAAAAGGAUGCAGCAUAAAACAGGCAAAGCAUAUUGUUGCGAAACAAGCACUGAAGUUUGUACAGUCUGAUGUGGAAAUCGGUGGAACGGUUGAUGCUGAAUCUGGUAAUGGGGACCAGUUGUCAACAACGUCUGAAUCGGAAACCUUAUCACAAUCAGAUCCGACACUUUUACUAGCCGCUUAUAACCCCGGUCCAAUAAUCUACGAUACACUGUCUGAAAGUGGGAAUGGACAUGAGAAGAUGUACACAAUGGCUGUCAAAGUCGGCGAUGCAGUGUUUCAGGGCACUGGAGCGAACAAACAUCAGGGAAAGAUGGCGGCGGCAAGAGCAGCACUAAGUCAACUGAACGUACAAUCGGAACCCACGACAAACCAUGAACUUCAAAUGUCGGAUCACAUACAGAAAUUAGUCUAUACCAAGUUCACCUCCAUUACAGAAAACUUCACCUCUCCGUAUUCGAAAAGGAGAGUCCUCGCUGGCAUCGUUCAGACAGUUAAUAAUGACCCACAGUCCGCUCAAGUGAUUGCUGUAACCACUGGAACCAAAUGUAUCAAUGGUCGAAAUCUAUCAAAGCGAGGAGCUGCAAUAAAUGACUGCCAUGCUGAGAUCAUUGCACGGCGUUCCCUAUUGCGAUAUUUAUAUUCACAGUUAGAGCCAUACUUAUCAGGAGUGUCUGAAGGGACCAUUUUUACACCGAGAAAAAACAAGAGAGGAUUCCAGCUCCGUGAUGGUGUCUGCUUCCAUCUUUACAUCAGUACAUCACCCUGUGGUGAUGCACGUGUGUUCUCGCCCCAUGAAGAGAAUGAGGAAACUACCGACACUCACCCAACGAGAAAAUCGCGUGGUCAGCUACGUACAAAAAUCGAAGCUGGAGAAGGAACUAUCCCCAUUGAAGGUUCUUCACCAAUUCAAACAUGGGAUGGGGUUCUACUAGGUGAACGUCUAUUGGUGAUGUCUUGCAGUGAUAAAGUAUCACGUUGGAAUGUACUGGGUUUACAGGGAGCAUUGCUGAGUUAUUUUAUAGAACCAAUCUACUUAAAAAGCAUUAUCAUUGGUUCCAAUUAUCACAGUGAGCACAUGUCACGUGCUGUUAUAGGUAGAAGCAAAGAUAUAACAGGUAUACCAGAUAUAUACAGACAUACUGAUCCUGCUUUGUGCCGAACCACCAAACAGCUUGAUGAUCGUGUACCCGGAAAAGCACCUGACUACAGCAUCAACUGGAAUGUGGCAGACGAUAAUGUGGAAGUCAUCAACACCACGACAGGGAGAACUGAGGAGCAGAGUGAGCAUUCAAGAUUGUCCAAGCGAGCACUAUACCUACAGUUUAGGAAAUUUGCUGGAAAGUUGACUUCGCUAACAACAAAAAAGAAAGAAGUGGGAAGGGGUUGCAACUAUCAUGAGGCUAAAAUUCAAGCCCUGGAGUACCAGUCGGUCAAGCGUAAACUGGAACAGGAACUACAGAAGAAAGGAUUGGGUACAUGGGUAAAGGCACCUUCUGAGGUCGACGAGUUUGAUGUGUAG